AUGAUAACGGUCACAUAUAUGAAGCGUGUUAAAUGUGGAAGUCUCUGCCCCGACGAGGAAAGCUCCUGCCGUCCGAUCUCCUUCGGCUGCCCGAGCCCCGUCGCCCCGCACACCGCGGUCCUGGCGAGAAGGCAGCGCGACGGCUUUUACUACCUGGCGACCGUAAAGCAGGAGGAAUGUCGGGGGGUUUUCCUGAUAGAGUUUGAUAAGCCGGCGGGCGGCCGACACCAAACGCAGCUGCAGAAGACGGCGGCCGACGACCUGAUCCCGUACUAUGACGCGCUGAGACGUUGUAUCGUCCCCGGAGACACUGUCUUAUCUCCAUGGGAACCGGAGCAAGUGAGAUACGGACCGGGAAUCGUUACCCUGGGCCUGGAGACCCGGGACCCCCUACGGGUCACGGAGGACGAGGAGCUGACAGUCAGUUUCUGGAAUGGUAAGAAGGCGCGCGUGCCUCUCGGUGUUGCCGUGUGGGUUUCCCCGUCCGUGUACUGGAGGGUUAUGGACGCGCUCCACCAGCCGAUCGGCAGCAGGCAGGCGGUCCAGGACGGGGAGGUGGCGGCCCACGCGUGCGCGGACAGGUUCACGUCGGCCCCCCAGCUGUGCCUCGGAAGCCAACUUUAUCGCCACGAGUGGCUCCAGCGCCCGGCCUGUUCCCCUCACGCACAUCGCCGCUGCGCCUGCUGCUGCUACCCCAAAUACCCAACCUGCACCUGCUGCUGGGACCCCAAGUGCCCCGACUGGUGGUCUCUCACCCCUACGGCCACGGUGUACGUUCGGGGCAAGAAGGAAGAUGGUGAAGACACUUCGUUGUCCUCGAGACGAAGAGAAAUCCCGACGAGAGAAAGAUCCCGUCAACUCUCAAGUUCUUCUGAGUCUGAAGAGGAGACCGAAGAGUCCCUCGAUGAUGAUGAUGAUGACAGCGACCAAGAAACAUGGCUGUCCAAGACCACUCUGAGUACAACGGUGGACAGCGGGGUGAACACAGACUCCAGCCUGUGGGACAAGCCGCAAGCGGACAUCAGCGAGCGGCCUGAAUGGAAGUAUUGGAGACGAAGCCCCCCGGAACCUUUCCAUCGAAAACCAGGACACGGCGAGAAGAAGAUGAAAGGCAGAACAUCCAAAGCGGAUUCCGGAGUAUCGUGGGUAGACGGCGCUGGAUCAACCAAUCAGAGCGCGCUGUUCGAAAGGAUCGCAGAUUCCCCCGGCAAAAGCUUGACAGUAAGAGACGUCCUCGUUCACCAAGACUUCCACCCGUCGGACGCGAGAUCGGCGCCCCCGGCCGUCGAACGCCUUGGAGAAUCCGAGGCGGAGAAACUGAGACGGAAGCAAGCGGUCCUGGAAACGCGGAAAGAGAAGAUAAUAAAGCAUCGUGAAUGGGAAGAAAAGAGAGAGCAGAACGAAGACCAAAAAUACUCCGACGGCCAGGAGGCUCACAGGGUGAAGACGCUGCAGCGCUUAAAACACGAAGACGUGAAGCUGAAGGAGAAGGCGUCUCGAGCCGCCCAGAGUAUGAAAGCCAAGCAGGAGGCUCGCGAGAGUAACAGUCUGCGGCUGCAGACCAUCGCAGCCGAGGACAAACAGAAAGAGCAGCGCAGGAUGGAGCACCUGCGCCACGUCCGGGAAAAGAUCGACCAGAGGGAGUUUGAGAAAUGUGCCGCCAACGAACGGAGGGAAAUAAAGCAGGAGGAAGCGAGGAGGAGGAAGGUGAACGAUCGUUACAGAGACGUCGCCGAGAAAGUCGCCCUGGCCGAAAAACAAGAAACGCGCGGCGGAAUCCGCAUCCAGGCAGAGACGUACCGCGGCCCCCGGGAUCUGAGCCCCUCCUGGGCAUAGAGAUCAAAUUCUACCUCCGAUGAAUGCCCUCUUCUAUACAUGAUUUAUUUUCUGCUGCUAUGGCAACAACCUCUUUCGUUCUAUGAAUCAUCUCCCUGCGGUAGAUGCUACCGACAAAUAUUUAUUAUUAUUAUUAAAAUUUCCCCACAAACCCCCCCGACCGGAAGUUGUAUUUUUUACCGUCUGCUCUCUCGUGGUAUUUUUCAUGCUGUUCGUGCCAUAAAUACCAAUUUUCAAGCCAAAAAUGUAUCUGCUUUUGGGAAAGACAUAAGUGGCCCUU